AUGGCUACCCUUUCUCUCCACACUUGCAAAGUUCAGCAGCCCGAUGCAACCAUUAACAGAAUUCACAUUUUCCUCCACUUCACAGCCAUACUAUUCCUACUUUACUACAGGACCACCCGUCUCUUCCUUCAAAAAAAUGUUCCCACAUUAGCAUGGUCCCUCAUCUCCACCUCCGAGCUCAUCCUCACCAUCAUUUGGAUUCUCAUUCAAGCCUUCAGGUGGCACCCAGUGUCGCGUUCUGCUAUCCCGGAGAAUAUACCUGGAGGCAUUGAAUUACCGGGGCUUGAUGUGUUUGUAUGCACACUGGACCCAAAAAAAGAGCCUACAAUAGAAGUGAUGAACACUGUUUUAUCGGCCUUGGCACUAGACUACCCGCCCGAGAAGCUCUCAGUGUAUCUUUCAGAUGAUGGGGGUUCUUAUAUUACAUUGUAUGCUAUAAAAGAAGCAUGUUCUUUUGCUAAGUCAUGGCUACCAUUUUGUAAGAAAUAUGAGAUUAAGUCAAGGUGCCCUGUGGCUUAUUUCUCAUCAUUUGCUGAUGAUGAGCGGCUUCUUUGGAGUGAUGAGUUCAGGAUAGAGGAGCAGAAAAUCAAGGCCAAAUAUGAUGAAUUCAAAGGAAAAGUUGAGAAGGUUGGUGGCGAAGAUGAAAAUAACAAAGUUGUGCCAGACCGCCCACCGCGCGUCGAGAUAAUACAUGACAACAAAAACAACGAAGAGAACGUUGAGGACCAAACUCAGAUGCCUCUUCUUGUCUAUGUCUCUCGGGAAAGAAGACCAUCAUGCCCUCAUCGUUUUAAAGCCGGAGCCCUCAACACCUUGAGAAAGUGGCAAGGCAUGGAUGGGCUAAGAGGGCCAUUACUCUCUGGAACUGGCUUUUACUUGAAAAGGAAGGCAUUAUAUGGGAAACCUAAUCAAGAAAAUAUGUUUCUCUCUGAGCCUGAAAAGAAUUUUGGUACUUCUAGCAAGUUCAUAUACUCGCUAAAGGGCAAUAAUGAACAAUUUGUAGCCAAGAAGGACGAUUCAAGGGAUGCAAUUUUAGAAGAGUCCAGAAUCUUAGCUAAUUGUGCGUUUGAAGCAAACACAGAAUGGGGAAAAGAGGUUGGGCUCUCGAAAUUCAGUCCUCUUACAUAUGGGGUUUCAAGAAUGUCCGUUCUCCAAAGCAUGUGUUAUGGAUACUUCACUUUCUCAUCCUUUCUCUCUGUCGCUCUUCUCUUAUAUGGCACGGUUCCUCAAGUGUGUCUCUUGAAUGGCAUUCCUUUAUACCCUAAGGUUUCAGACCCAUGGUUUGCUGUGUUUGUGGCAAUUUACACGUCCUCCCUUUUCCAGCACUUAUAUGAGGUUCUCUCAAGUGAUGGCUCAAUUAUGACUUGGUGGAAUGAACAAAGAAUUUGGAUAAUAAGGUUAAUUUCUGGGAGCUUAUUUGCAGUUCUGGAUGCCAUCAUGAAGUGUUUAUACAAAAAGAAAGUGAAUUUAAGCUUAACAAAUAAAGCCGUUGACAAAGAAAAGUUUGAGAAAUAUGAAAAAGUGGUAAUUGAGAAGAGUUUGGAGGAGAUGUUUGGACAAGUUUUCCUUUCGUUCUUCAUUCUAAUUCUGAGUUAUCCGAUUCUUGAAGGAAUGGUGACAAAAGGAAAGGGAAAAUAG